AGCUUCUCGUGCAGGCCCAAACGGCACAUUCUGAUUCAGGCAACUUUCUUUUUCAGCAGAUUUUUCCCUUGAUUUUUUUUUCUUGCAGAUUUUUCCUUAGGUACGAAUGGCCGGAGGAGGAAACCAAGACCAGAUCACCCGAGAAACGGACUGCCAUGUGAUCGGGGUGCCGAGCAAAUGGUCAUAUUCCAUGGAGAUGCGGUUCAAGCAAUGGCCGACUCUUCUGAAACCCUCUGCCAGUAAGCGCUCCUGCUGCAUUUUCAGAGCCCCACAAAGCCUGCUUCAGAUAAACGAGAAGGCUUACGAGCCCCAAAUCGUCUCCAUCGGUCCAUACCACCAUGGCCAACAACGGCUGAAUAUGGUCGAGCAGCACAAACCUCGAUUCUUCUCCACUCUCCUCGAACGAACUAAAAAUAGCGGCGUGGGCCUUGACGACUAUUUCAAUGCCAUUGCAUUGAGGGAGAAUGACAUUCGGGAUUGCUACUCAGAGCUUCUUCAUUGUGAAAGCUCGGCUCUAGUGGAGAUGAUGGUCCUCGAUGCCUGCUUUAUUGUCGAGGUGUUCCGCAUCUGUGGGGGAGUAUUUGAGCCUGAUCUCGACGAUCCUUUCUUCGCAACGCCAUGGAUGUACAUCAUCCUCAUAAGGGACCUUCUGCGGAUCGAAAACCAGAUCCCUUUCUUUGUCCUUCAAGAGGUUUUCAACUUAUCGAAUGGCAACACUGAGAAUGAAGCCAACCAACGCUCCCUCAGUGAGCUCGCGCUACUAUUCUUCAACAUCGCGGCUCAAAGGCCAGAGGGACAACUGGAGAAGUUCUACACGGUAAGCAAAGCCAAACACUUGCUUGACUUGUUCCGACUGAGUCUUGUCGGCCAUUGGGAUGUGGAAAAAGGUGUAAAUGCCAAUGACGACUGCUUAGAAUUGAUCCCAUCAGCGAGGCAGCUUCUUCGCUCCGGGAUUAAAUGCAAGCUGAGGAAGGGUGACAACUUGAACUUACUCGACAUCAAUUUCAAUCGUGGUGAACUUCAAAUCCCUCGUUUGACUCUAGACGAUUUCAUGAGCUUCUUCUUACCCAACUGCAUCGCCUUUGAGCAGUGUUACUGCUACUCCUCCAGGCACAUGACCAGUUACAUCAUCUUUAUGAAAUGUCUCGUGGGCACAGAAGCGGAUGCAGAGCUCUUAUCUGAGAACCAACUACUAGUGAAUUAUUUGGGAUCGAAUGCAGAGGUCGCGACUUUCUUCAAUGAUCUGGGUAAGGACAUUGCUUUUAGUAUCAAGAUAAGCUAUUUGGCCGAGUUAUUUAGGCAAGUGAACAGAUACCACCGAAGCCCAUGCCGCAUGACUUGGACGGGGUUCAAGAACAAAUACUUUGGUAGUCCUUGGUCCUUCAUGUCGGCUAUUGCUGCCAUUCUUCUGUUGGGUCUUACCGUCCUUCAAGCAUUUUAUGCGGUCUAUGGGUAUUACCGUCCCCGGAAGUAACCGACACUCGGCAACGCAUUUUUGGGGAGACGUGAACCUAGGGCAAAAUUUGAUAUAUGUUUUGAGGUUCUUUUUUUGCUUUGGUCGAAAUGUUUUGAGGUUCUAGAUGGCUCGAGUACAGCCACGAGUCUUCUUGACAAUAAUGCUAAUACUAUUUUCCCCCUUGGUGCUGUA